GAAUAACAACAGUGAUCAGUUAAGCACCUUUUCAGAAAUAAGGCCCUUUAUUGCUUUUUGCCUUAAGUUGACACCAGCUACCUCUCAACAACUUCAAGGACUUUAUUACCUACUAGACUGUUAUAAGGUCUCUGCUGAUGAAAUUUCACUUCUGUGGUCAGAACUUGCUGUUGCUGCUUUUCAGGCUUUCUGGAGUAGCACAGUAACUACAAGUCCUGAGCGUUGGCUAUCCUGGCAGCCAUUCUCUAUGGAAGAGAAGAUGGUAUCCAGCUCAUUCAUGAAUUCUUCUAUCCAGGGUGUGGGUAUUUUGAAUCGAGCAGUUUUCUCCAAGUGCCUCUCUGAAAUUCUAACUAGCAGCAACAAGUGGAGCCAAUGGGAUACAACAGGUCUUCCUAUUCUGUCAGCCUCCAGGGUGACCUUGGGAGAGUGUCUAGAAAAAGCAGAGCAGCUUCAGGAGAUCAGUAAAGUUUUGUGGACCAAUGCAGCUUUUUCUUCGGUGGCUGAAUUUAGGCAUACAGAUUCAAGGUUUCAGUAUGUAAUGUUACACAAGCAACUCCUGGCCCUUCAAAAUUUGAUUCCAGUAGAGAUGCAAGAGGAAUACCUCAGAAACUGUAAUAAGGUGUUCUCAAAGGAUUUGGUGGCCCUUCAGUAUAUUUGCAAAGUACUCAGGGAUGUUGGUGCUCAGGAGAUGAUGCCCGAACAGAUCCUUUGUCUGUGGCUGACUUGUGUUCAGCAGUUCUGUGGACAGGACAUAGGGCUCCAUAACUUGCCUGAAACAGUUCAACGAGGCAGCCUCUGGGUAAAUCUAGGUCUUCUGCAAAUCUACCUUUGGCUUCCACAGACAAUGUUUGAUCCUGCGGUGAAAAGAAAAUAUAAACUCAAAUAUGCAGUAGAAGAGCUGCAUCAUCUGGAAUGCGAAAGGAAAACUCACAGACUGUCCACUCAGUUACAUACAGGGAAAGAUCUUGAAGACGAGCCCAUCAACAGUCAUGACCAUCCUCAUAUUAGGUUGUUACACCAAAGAAUCCAAAAGCUGAAGGAUCAGAUUGCCAGACUUGACCAGAAGCAAGCCUUUCGACCCCAGACUCCUUUGUUUGAGUCCUUAUAUCAAGAAGUCCAUCAAUACGUUGGCAGCAUCGCCCAGGUUUCCAAAGUCCAGGACCUCCUGACUCGCCUUCUGAAGCUUCUCCGGGCAGACAAGUCUCAGGCGGUGCAGAACGUGCUAAAUGAAGAGGCAGCCUGGCAGCAGUCACACCAUCAGUUCAGGAGACAUUUGGCAGAGAGCUAUGCUGCCUUCCCCGAUGUGGUUGUUCCCCUGCAAGCUGCCAUUUUGCAGAUGCAGCAUGGCCUGAGGCUGGUAGCUUCUGAAGUCCAUAAGGCCACCUUUGACAGUUUCGUCAGUCCAGCCAAACUGGGAAGCCUUGUUGCCUCUCUGCUUUCAUUCCCUUCCAUUGGUAGUACUUUCCCCACAUACCUUUCCCAUGCAGAUACACUCUGUUCUGUGAGCUCUCUGGAAGUCCUUCAUGGCUUGAAGAGGUUAUCUCUCAAAUACAUUGCUGAAGAGUCUGAGAAAGCACAAAAAAUGUGCCUUACCCAGGAGCAGCUGUUGGUGAAUGCUUUAUUAUAUCUCCAGUGCCAUGCAUUGUCCAAGGCAGGAGUGGACCAUAAGUCUCUUCUACUAUUCAGGCAUUUGUUUCAGGUAAUUAUAAAUGAAUGGGAUGAGCAAGAGCGCCAGGCCCAAGAGGAAGAGGAACAAAAGAACAGUCUUUAUCGAUAUAAGACCAAGAGCCACGGGAGUGGCCUGAGUGAGGAGGAGGAGGAAGAGAGAGAAUUCAGGAGGAAAUUCCCCCUUCAUGAAAAGGACUUUGAAGAUAUUACAGCUCAGGAAACUCUUGAGGGGGAAAUGGAAACAGAAGUUGUUUUGGAAGAAGCAGGUCCCCCUGAAAAAACUCUUCUUUCUCAUCACUCAAUGAAAACAGUAAUGAGAGUUCAUCAGCAACUUUGUCUUUCCUUUGCCCAAACUUUGUGGUAUCAACAAAACAUACCACCCAAUCAAAGCAAACUCCAAUUGAGCCUGUUCCUUUCCUGCUACCAGACUGGUGCUUCCCUGAUCGCCCACUUUUAUCCCUUGAUUG